ACUGCGCAGCUGCCAUGUUGGUUGCUAUGCUGCUGCCUGUCUGAGGGCAGGCGGGAGGGAAGGAAGGAGGGAGGGAGGCUGGCUCUGGGGAGGGGAGAAAGACCGAGGAGGCGGCGGCUGCCAGUCCUCGUCCCCCCCACCCCUCAGCACAGACGGGCAGAUCUCUGUUGUUUAGCUACCACCUUCCUCCCCCCACCUCCGCCAACGGCUGCAGGAAGAGAGAGGGGGAAACCUCCUCGUUGAGGUGGGUGGGAGGCCAAGGGGGUGCACCUUCCCCACAGGCGGGGGGCUGACUGCUGCAACCCUUCCCCUUUUCCUCCUUUGGGGGAGCCAGUGGGUGAGGAGGGGGGAAGGUUGCAUUGCCUUCCCCCCUCCCCUAUCCAUCUGCCCACCCAUCCUUGCCUUUCUGUCUGCAGCAGGAAUGUGGGGGGGCUUUGAGUUGGAAGUGGGGCGCUCACUGCUACGGCUGUUGGUGAUCCCCCAUCCUUCCUGCCUGCUACUGCUGCUUGGGGCGACGAGAACUACGUUGGAUUGAGCUGAACUGCGGGUUUGAACGGAGCCUUCAGGGCGAGAAGCCCCCUCCCCACAUCACUUUAGCCUUCGGCUUAUUUCACUCCCCUUUGGGUUGGUUUCUGUUCUUGGUCCAUUACAGUAUCAUCCUCUGGAAGGACGUGGCUGAUAUAUGACGACUCUGUGUGGACAGUAAUGACCGCACGUUUUCGAUUGCCUGCUGGCAGAACCUACAAUGUACGAGCAUCUGAACUGGCACGAGACAGACAGCAUACAGAGGUGGUCUGCAAUAUUCUUCUUCUGGAUAACGCUGUACAAGCAUUCAGAGUUAAUAAACAUGAUCAGGGACAAGUUCUGUUGGAUAUAGUUUUCAAGCAUCUUGAUCUGACUGAGAGAGACUAUUUUGGUUUACAAUUGGCUGAUGAUUCUACUGAUAACCCGAGGUGGCUGGAUCCAAACAAGCCAAUCAGGAAGCAGUUAAAGAGAGGAUCUCCUCACAGUUUGAACUUCAGAGUCAAAUUUUUUGUAAGCGAUCCUUAUAAGCUUCAAGAAGAAUAUACACGGUACCAAUAUUUUUUGCAAAUUAAGCAAGACAUUCUUACUGGAAGAUUGCCCUGCCCUUAUAAUACUGCUGCACUUUUGGCUUCUUACGCUGUUCAGUCUGAACUGGGAGACUAUAACCUUUCAGAGAACUUCCCGGGCUACCUCUCAGACUACUCAUUCAUCCCUGGUCAGCCUCAAGACUUUAAAAAAGAAGUAUCCAAGCUACAUCAGCAGCAUAUAGGCUUGUCUCCUGCUGAGGCAGAAUUUAGUUAUCUCAAUACAGCCCGAACCUUGGAAUUCUAUGGAGUUGAAUUGCACUAUGCAAGGGAUCAAAGUAACAAUGAAAUUGUGAUUGGAGUAAUGUCGGGAGGCAUACUAAUUUAUAAGAACAGGGUUCGAAUUAACAUCUUUCCAUGGUUGAAGAUUGUAAAAAUUUCUUUUAAGUGCAAACAGUUUUUUAUUCAACUUAGAAAAGAAUUGCAUGAAUCUAGAGAAACGUUACUAGGGUUCAACAUGGUGAAUUAUCGAGCAUGUAAGAAUUUAUGGAAAGCUUGUGUAGAACAUCACACCUUCUUCCGAUUAGACCGACCACUGCCACCUCAGAAGAACUUCUUUGCACAUUAUUUUACUUUGGGUUCAAAGUUUCGGUACUGUGGGAGAACAGAGGUCCAAUCUGUACAGUAUGGUAAAGAAAAGGCGAAUAAGGACCGGGUAUUUGCCAGAUCCCCAAGUAAACCGCUGGCUCGCAAAUUGAUAAGUGGAAUGGACUGGGAGGUUGUCAGCAGAAAUUCAUUGUCUGAUGACAGGCUAGAAACUCAGAGCUUACCAUCACGCUCUCCACCUGGAACUCCUAAUCAUCGCAACUCUGCUUUUACUCAAGAGAGACAUCGUUUACGACCAUCUUCAGUUGGACAUCUAGUGGACCAUGUGGUCCAUACUUCACCAAGUGAAGUUUUUGCAAAUCGUCGAUCUCCUUCUUCCACACAGGCCAAUAGUAUCAUUCUGGAAUCAUCACCUUCUCAAGAAACCCCUGUAGAUGGACAACCUCCUGCACUGCCACCCAAACAAUCUAAAAAGAACAGUUGGAACCAAAUUCAUUAUUCACAUUCUCAGCAAGAAUUGGAUAACCAUAUAAAUGAAACAUAUGAUGAUGAUGAUGAUUCUUCUUCAUCUCCUGAAAAAUCUACGCCCAAUGGUGGAAUUCCCCAUGACAAUCUCGUUCUAAUCAGAAUGAGACCAGAUGAAAAUGGAAGAUUUGGUUUCAAUGUAAAGGGUGGAUAUGACCAGAAGAUGCCUGUCAUAGUGUCCAGGGUAGCUCCAGGAACACCUGCCGAUAUCUGUGUCCCACGUUUGAAUGAAGGAGACCAAGUUGUACUGAUCAAUGGCAGGGAUAUCUCAGAACAUACACAUGACCAGGUUGUCAUGUUUAUUAAAGCUAGCUGUGAGCAGCACUCAGGGGAACUCGUGCUCCUCGUUCGACCUAAUGCUGUUUACGAUGUAGUGGAAGAGAAGCUGGAGAGUGAGCCUGACUUCCAGUACAUCCCUGAGAAGUCCCCUCUAGAUGGUAUUCACCAGGACGACAAUGCUCUGAGGGAAUCGGUGUUUCAGCUUGCAGAAGGGCUUAUCACUGGAACUGUCCUGGCUCAGUUUGAUCAACUUUACAGGAAGAAGCCUGGGAUGACAAUGUCUUGUGCCAAAUUACCUCAAAACAUUUCCAAAAAUAGAUACAGAGACAUUUCGCCUUAUGAUGCUACACGGGUCAUUUUGAAGAGUAAUGAUGAUUACAUCAAUGCAAAUUAUAUAAAUAUGGAAAUCCCUUCUUCCAGUAUAAUAAACAAAUACAUUGCUUGCCAAGGUCCUUUACCCAACACUUGUCCUGAUUUUUGGCAAAUGACUUGGGAGCAAGGCUCAUCUAUGGUUGUAAUGCUGACCACUCAAGUUGAACGAGGCAGAGUAAAGUGCCAUCAGUACUGGCCUGAACCUAGUGGAAGCUCCUCAUAUGGAAAUUUCCAGAUCACUUGCCAUUCAGAAGAAGGAAAUCCUGCUUAUGUGUUUAGAGAGAUGAUAUUGUCUAACCUGGAGAAAAAUGAGCACCGUCAGCUCACUCAAAUCCAGUACAUAGCGUGGCCUGAUCAUGGAGUUCCUGAUGAUUCCAGUGAUUUCCUUGAUUUCGUGUGUCUCGUCCGGAAAAAAAGAGCUGGUAGAGAAGAACCUGUUGUUGUUCACUGCAGUGCUGGGAUUGGACGAACAGGAGUUCUUAUCACUAUGGAAACAGCUAUGUGUCUCAUUGAGUGUAAUCAACCUGUUUAUCCUUUGGAUAUUGUAAGAACUAUGAGAGAUCAAAGGGCCAUGAUGAUCCAAACACCCAGUCAAUACAGAUUCGUUUGUGAGGCUAUAUUGAAAGUGUACGAAGAAGGACUGGUUAGACCUUUAAAGACAUCGCUGCAUAAAUAGAACAUACCUUUUGGAAGAAUCCGUAGAAGACACUGGCUGCACUUGUUGUGCCAUAACAUUGCUUGCAAAAUAUGGUGUCUGAAAACAAUGAAGAACUGCAAAGGACUUGGAAAAACUUCAGCACUGUUGCACUUUAUGUUGAAACUGAAAAUCAGUCUCUCAAACACUAUAAUUUUUCUGUGUUGGAAGACUCUCUCUUUGUGCUUUGCUCUGAACAAGCCACAAACUGACCGAACUCCAUGGGUUCAGGAUCAUUUUCCAGACUUCAUUGUAGUGCCAUAUAGUCCCUUUUGGUUUGAACUGCUACAAAAAGGCUUGGAAUACUUUCACCUUCUGUUUUCACACCUGCAUUUUUUUGAAGCAACAAUACACAAAGCCAUCUCUUCCAAUGCUAGAUUUAUUUGCUGUGUUCAGAUUCUCUCUAUCUUUGUCUUUAUUUUGAUGAAACAUUAGCAAUAUUACUACAACUAGACACACUGCCUACUAAAGCAGCACAUUUUGCCCUAUGCCCUUUUAGAAUCUAACUUGAUUAAUGGUGGAAAGCUGCAAUCUGUUCUAACCUGGCAGUAGCUGCAUAAAGGCCCAUUUAACCAGCAUUGUGUUUAGGGUGGGAGAGAAAGGACAUUUCUUUAGAACUGGUAGCUCAGUUUCUCAGUGUGUUGUAACAUUAAUGUGUUCUGAAACAUCUGAUGACAUUCCCUAAUGGGAAUGAAUGCAUGCAUUUUGUCUUAACCCCUUAAGUGCCUUGAGACUUACGAUGUAUGUCUUAAUGAAAAGGCACUUGUAAUGGUGGCCCUAAAGGGGAAGUAUCAUCAUUGUUACAAUUUAUUUUAGUGGGUUCACAAUUUAAAGCAUGGCCCUGGUGCUUAGAAUAUGGUACUGUAGGGGAUCACAGAAAUGCUAUUCCUUCUCUUUCUGCAAGUACAUGUAUGCUACUGUGGGUAGCAGAAGCACCUCAGCCUUUUAAGUAAUUAUUGUUUACGGAUAUGAAAUGAAGUGGAAAAUCUGACACAUUCCUUUGGACUGGAAAAAUGUUAGCAGGAUAAAAUGAAAAGUCAGUAGAUUAUCUUAGCAUUUGUUCCUCUAUUUUACCCUUAGACUGAGAAAAAGCUUUGUAAUUUGAGUAGGAUAUAAAUUUUAAAAUAGUACCAGUAUCUUCACUUCAAGCGUGCACAUCCAAGGUUAUCAUUCACCAUUACCUUCUUGCCAGUUACUUUCUCUUGAGUCCACAUCUGCCAGUUUUCAAGUCAUGUUUGUACUGGACUGCUUUUUAAAUGGUGGGAGGUGGGGUGUGUAUGGAAAUGCCAUCAACUUGUCCUGAAAACAUUUAGCCUUUUCAUAUGUUCUUUUAGGCCUCUGUAUUGUUCUUUUGUGCAAUGAAAUUGUUUCUCUCUUUUGCGUGCCUCCUUCUUGAAAUCAUUAGCAUGUAUGCAAUUGGAGGCAGUCCUUUGAUACAGUAUCUGAACUCAUUCUGGGGUCAUGUAUAGUUUUUGUCUCCUUUUCAGAAUGUUUUCUAGGAUAACUGAAGCCAACUGGCUAGCGAAGGUGUCCAACUUUUUGCACAGUAAGUUGGGAUUCAGUUGCUUCUUUAUGAAAGCCUCGCUUCCUGCCCUAUAUUUAAAUGUUUUGAUUACCCAGUUUUUGUUAAAGUAGGAUAUGCAGAGUAUAGAAUAAGACUAUGAAUAAGGAUUAUUUGAAGAUGAGAGGCGCUUUAUUAAAAAACAACAACACUAUUUCAUAUAUUUUCUCCUAUAUAUAUUUGGAGGAAAUUACAGAUAUGGGCUGACAUGUUGCACAAUGUUAUAUGCAUGGUGGAAUGUAACAACUGCACAGAGUGCCAUUGAGCAAGUGCAAAAAUUUCAGAAAUAAAGUUGUGUAUCGGUGCAAGCAUUAUAUAUAAUAGCUGCACUGUAGUGCAACUCCAUUUUGUGAAAGUUUUGCUCUUGCACAAUUGUGCAAGCAAUACGUUCCACAUGUGUAAUCUUGUACAGUAUGUCAGCCAUGGUAUAAAGUGUAUUCCCAGUGAACUGAAAGUUAUAUUGUGUAAAGCUGUAGUAGCCAAGUGCCAUGAUAUGACAUGAAAGAGGUAAAGUCACUAGAAAUUUUAAAAAAACAUUAUCAGCUGGUCUUUUCCCAUAGUUGCAGAGCAAAAUUUGUGAAGUGUGUUUCUGGAUUUGACAUUCAUUUCAUUAUUUUCCUUUACUAUGGUCACUCCUUCAGAUCAGUGUAGAAAUAAGUAGCACUGCCAGAGCAUUUGGUCAACGGUUCUUUUUAUCCCGUUAGUGGUUCAAGUGGUAUUAGUGAUAGUGGGCUUAUAAAAACGCAUCCUUCAUUGAGCAAGUAUCCAGUCUGUAGAAAUACAAUAUUUUUGAGUUUUGACAAACUGGACUCAGUGCUAAAUCUGCUUCUUAUAUUGACAGCUGGGGAAAUGAAGUGUAUGGUGAGAACUAUGUUGUUCUUUGGGAAGUAAUAUUUGAAGAAACCACUGAUUUUUGGUAACCUGUUAUUCAACAGAGUGUGAAAGUUAUAAAUUUUUAUGAUCUCAGAGCAGUUUCAGGUGACCAAGCACGAUGUAAUAACUAUUAAAGCUAAUGUGCAGUUGCCAUAUGUCAAUAUAAAAUCGCUUUGUAGACAGCCCAGAGGGGCUCUUAAUCAGACUGAUUGAUGGCAAUGAGGAAGAGAAAUAAUACUAAAUGUACUUCAUGUUCAAGUUCACAGUUUUAAUUGUUUUGCAGCAAAAGCAGUUUUAGUACCUAGAAGGUUUUCAUGCAUUUAAUUUUUGUAUAUUGUUUCCCACUAUUAUUUUAGGGCAUGGUAUUGGCUGUUUGGAAAGCAAACUUAAUCAUUGGUAGCAUGUUAAAGUUAAUAUAAAAUAAAUGCAUCCAUUCUGUUGAAAUAACUUAAAGUCUAUAAAGCCAGCCUAUAAAUGGAAAUAGCAUUGCCCUUUUUACAAAAGUAUAUGAGGAAAAGAACUGGAAAAUUUAUAUCAUUGGUGUUUUACACAUGCUGAUGUUCUUAUGUGGGGUUGCCAAAGUAAUUUUGAAUCCAUGAGAAACGUUUAUACCACAAAGUAUAAUUUUGUUGGGGUAUAUUUUUGGUACUUCAUAUGUUGAUCAAUACAGACAGAAACAUUAGCCUUCUUAAGGUCUCCAUCUCCCCUGAUAUAAGCUGAUUUAGGGCUUAUUGGUGAGUUGCAAUGAAAAAAUAUUGAAAGAGAUUAGUUUGGCAGGGUCACCAGCUAAUCAACAAGCUUCAGAACUUUCCCUAAAAUCUGCAUAUAGUAAAGUGGGAUAAUAAUGAAUAAAUCAAAGCAUUAUCAUGCCAUAAAAGUGGAUUUCCACAAAUGCAUCUCCCAUUGUGGUAUAAAUAGCCUUUUACUAAUAUUUUUAUAUGACCUCAAAGUCUACUGCUAAUUACUUUGCAUUGGGUUAUGAAGAUCUGUAUCAAACUAAAAAGGAAAAAAAAGAAAAAUAUUUUUUGUAUGUGUUUCAUGCUGUACAAAACAUGAAUGUAUGUUUCAGGCAUAAUGACAUAUAAAGUGAGUGCUAUGGAUGUUGGAUUUUAUGGAUAAUUAUUUUCUUACUAUUUGCUAAAAAAAAAAAAGAUGGGGAGGGGAAAAGUCAACACUUCCAUUUUUAAAAAAUUCAAUUUGUUUUCAUUUGUAAAUAAGAGCAAUAGGGUAAUAGUUUUGUGCCAGUAUACAUUACAGAUGUAUGUUGUUUUUGGUUUUUAUCUUCAGAAUUGAAAACUGCCAUUAUUUAAGGUACUUUUGAAGGUUUGUCUAAUGCAGAAAUCUAGGACUCUUUUAAGACUGCUUAAUGUUCUUUCUCUGCCUUUUUAGUUGUGUGGCUUUUGAGGCGGUGGAUUAAGUUAAAUAUGAAGUACCCACAGACAAUGUCAGUCAUUCUCUGAGAAACAUGACUUUAAUUGUGCCAGUUAGUUAUGCCACUUUGAGCAUAAUCCCUCAAAAUGUAUGGAGAGGAGUAUCUUCCUCCAGUGCUGCAGUAAUGUCCCUAUAACAAGAACAGGAUUUGUGGCUUUCCUUGGUGUAGCCUUUGACAUUUUCACAUUUCCAAAUGUACAUGCUGGGGCCACCAAGUUUAGCAUUAGACUGUAAGUUCUGAAGCAUUAGAUGACUUUACUAAUGUAGUUUAAAAAAUUAUACACUGUAGUCCAUACUAUUGUACUGCAUUAAUUUGCAACAUAAUUCAGUUAUGCUGCAACAUUCAGUGAUGGAAUGCUGCAGAAUAUCAUAAAUAAGUUGUGCACGUUAAAUAUCUUAUGGUAUUUUCUCCGCACUGUAGUAGUAUCCCACAGCUACUAGUAUAAAAAAAGCUGCCAUCCUCUUAUCAAAGAAGGCACAAAACGCAAGUGAAGAGAGCUGGGGAGAGGUUUUUGACAGAACCAGUAUGGCCAGCAGAUUGCUAUGAGCAAUGUGCAGAUUAGAACUGCAGCAUAUGUGGAAGGUCACAAAGCAGCAAAAAUGCUGCAGUUGCAGCUGUUCAGGGAGGCCAAGAAGUGGAAAAGUCAUGUAUGGAAUCUCAGCAGCUUCUGCAUCUGGUGGAGGAGAACUCUACUAGAUUUUUGGGAAGGGUCUGCUUGAUUUGGUACAGAAUUACAAGUGUGUGACCAGCAGAAAGCAAUGGAUGGUUCCCCAAGCCCCUGAAAGUGUUGUAGGAUGUCUAUUAGCCCAGAUACAUCUUGUGCAGGUGCCCUUCGUCACCCUUCAACCCAGCUCCUGGAAAGGAUUGGAGACAUCUGCCCCACAUGCAAUUUCUUCAUAAUUUGACUUAAACUCAGCUGUAGUUCAUAUAACUUGCAAAUAACUUGGAUCUGCAUAUGUUAAUACAAGGGAAAGUUCUAUCCCAGUAUGUAAAGCCUUUCCUAUCUGUGUUCCAGCAUUGUGUCUAGGAUCCAACAAUCUGCAUGGGUUUUCCACCAAUACACGCAUAUAGAUAGACUGAGUCCAUAGCAAUGUAAAUAAUCAUGCACAAGAGAGGGCAUUAGAAGGGAGGAGGAAGAGCUCACAUUGCACUGAUUACUACAACCAGCCUCUGGAUUUAAAUAUGAUGGGAAUGGGUAGAGAGAUGGAAUAUUAGAAUAGCACCUUUUCUUUUCCACUCUUUCCCUCCCCAGCUGUUGUAAUAAGGGUCUGAAGUGACCAGAGAAUCCUUCUCCUAGUGCGGUGCCACAAUCAGCAGUAGGUCACUGUUAGUCUUAGGCACUGCAGUUCUACAUCCAGGUGAGUGUGCUUACAAGCUGAUUAUUGGGGAGCAGUAGCUGACAUCCUGAUGAAGCUUCCAUGCUUUGAGGGACCUCAGGGACACGUUGGGAGGCCUCAAACAACUUCUCAGUCUCUGCAGUCCCUCAAAGCAUAUGCACUUUGUGAGUCAGGAUGUCAGCCACUGACUUUCGAGUGUGAGCGCACACAAUUGAAAACUUAACUCCUUUGGCAUCAGUUGGGUUUGUUUCCAAAGUGGAGGAAGGUUGCCGUAAAUACAAAUACAGUGGCUGUAAGUGGCUUGUAAUCUGAGGAUCAUAAUCCUAACAUAGAUUUUGAAUUCUGUAUUCUCAAUUUUCUGCAGGUCAUCUUUGAAAAACCUGUAUUGGCUUUGUUGAACUUACUACUGUUAACAACUAGCUUCCCUUUAAAACAAGCUGAGCUUUCAUUUUCAUCAGCAUACAUUGUUAUCUGUUUUAUUUGCUUCAUGCUGCAAAAAAUGCCAAAUAUUUGGUACAGCUGCCAGAUUAUGAUCAAUAUCCAUUGUGUAACAAAGCAGCACAUUUUAUUUGUUAAAACUGUAGAGAUGAGUAUAUUAAUAUAAUUAUUAUAUGUACUGGAAAGGAAAACUAAUAGAUUUGCUUUAAUCUAGUCAGUGUGGCCAAGCUAGAAAUAGAAACCAAAGCCAAAAUGGUUGCUUCUCAAUCUGUCAAAUGGUAUCAUUUUGAGAAAGAGAAAGAAUUCAUCUUUGUGCAGAGCCAUUGCCUAUCUGGACCCAUAAAAGCUUCACUUUAAUAAUCUGUAGCCUUUAAUACUUUUUCCACAUCAAUUGUAAUUGGGGUUCAUGGAAUUUGUAAUAUGCUUAAGGGAAAUACUCACUUCCACACAUUAUCCAUGGAUAUAUGUUGAAAUUUAUUUGCCUUAUACCAAAUGUUCUUAGCAUAUGGUUUAUUCCUAUAUGGAAAUUUGAAGACCACUAGGUUAAUGUUUUGGACAAAAGAGCUUGACUGACAAUAUUUGCUGGAGAAAUUACUUGAUAUUUAACACAAAGUUAUAGAUACUUCAAUUUUGCCUACAUUUCUUUAAUUUCAACUAGUAGCACUUUAUCUCAUGCUUUACUACUGACAGAAUUCAUGGGCAAUAGAAAUUUGCUAUCAAGUUGAAGAGAGAUGUUUAAUUUCUGUGCAGAGUUGAUUGGAUUGUUCCCUGCUUUGAACUGAUUACCAGUGUGUUUGUUUUCUGGCUUAUUUCCAUCUGUUUUAAGACAUGUUUGGGAUGAAGUACACCACAUUUUUAUCCCAAAUACUAACGUCUGUAUAUCAGCCUUACUUUGGUGCACCAUCCUAGGUUGUGGUUCUGUAUGAGUGCAACUGUUGAUGCAGUUUAUUUUUCUGAUGCAGGUUUUAAGAGUAGCAUUAUAAAGAAUAUUAAAAGCAAUCCCCACUAAAACAGAGAGUUUUAAGUACUUCUUUUGAUUGAUUUUUCUCAGUGUGUCUCAAUUAGCCAAAAAUAUACUAUUUUUACUAUGACUAGGAUCCAUAGGGCUGUGCAGAAGCAUACCCUUGCUCACUGCAGCUUCUACGGCCCAUCGUUGUUACUUGACUCACCCUGCAGGCAGCUUCCUAUAGGCAGCCUUGUGGAACAGCCUUUAUACAGCAUAAGGAGGUAUCGUCAGUGGGCGGGGGAGAGGGAUGCCGCUGUGCAGAAGUACUUGGGUGUACCUAAGAAGCUUUUUGGAUCCUGACUUAAGAAUAUGCCCACUUAGCAUUAUUAUUUUUAAAAAUAUUUGCUCAAACAACUGGAAAUAAUUUGCGGAGCAGAUUGUUCUUAAGGUGUAAAUUAUAGGAGUAAUGCCUCAAGACCUAGUUGUAAAAGAAAAAAGUUGCAACACUUGUAUAGAGAGAGGUUAUAAGUGGAUUAAAACAGUUGGCACUGUUACCUUGUAUCUAUUAAAGUAUAUCAACAAACUUCCUUGUGCAAUUAUCUCCAAACAUGGGUUUCAUAAUAACCAGUAAUUAAUAUGGAUACUAAAAUCAGUGAUCUAGUUCUCCUAGCAAAUUCUGAAAGCAUAGUUUUGUGUUUGUGUAUGGGUUUCUUUCCCCCCAGAGGUGCUAUUAGUAUUUGUGUAAAUAUAAAGAGUGGAAAAGCUAAUAUUUUGUCUGGGUCAUAUUCACAGUCCUAUGGGUGCCCAUAUUUAUUUAUUUUUGUUGCUAGUGAUCUAAUGGUAAUGAGUUUGCAUUUCUUCUGUGUCUUUGUGUUUGUCCAGUUCAACUGGGUGUCAUGCUACUUAGUGAGUUGGCUUCAAGUAUCUCGGUAAGCUAUCUUUAAAGCCUAGUAUAAAUCCGCAUUUUCUGUUUCUUAUACAUUUUCUCCCAUUAAAAACACAGUUGUCUUCAAAUGUGUGUUUAUAUAUUUAAAAACAUGAAUAGCUAAGAGCCUCUACACUAAGCAGCAGGAAAUGUGCUCAGUUGAAAAUGACAUGCACUUGAACUUGAUCAACACUGGACAAUGUGAAAAAAAAUCAGCAUUCAUCACUGCAGCUACUGUAUGCUUUAAAAGGGCCUUAUCUAUUUUGCUUGCAUUGGGGUAAAAGGAGAGUUCUUGCCAUUAAUAAUAGGUACACUAAUGUUCUAAAUACUAUACCAGCAACUCCCCAGGGGGAAAAAAUAUUUAACCUUUAACAAAUUUUGGUUUUAGUCUUAAGAGCAAUUCAUUCUGUUAUGUGAAAUAUAUGCUGUUAUACAUAUUUUGUGGAUAUAUUUAAUUUCGAUUGACAAAUAGUUGUCUAGGUACAAACUUGAAGAAAAAAAAUAUAUAGUUUACUUGUGAACCUUAAUUGUUUAAUUGCAAAAUAAAGAUGUGCUUUAGUAAUUUAAA